AAUAAAGUAAGUAUACACUACAGACACAGAGUACAAACGCAUUGUCAGGGUAACAAAGAAAAACAAUAAUAAAGAAAUUGUCUUAUAAGGAAACACCAGAAGUGGGAAAUCAACCAUCGUGAACAAACACUUUGGAAGAGUUCACAUCAAAGAAAAAGACAAAUCGAUUCUGCGACUCAGUUCUAUUGAAAUGUAAUUACGUCAUAACAUGAACAAACCUAAAUUACAUCAUAAUUGAGUCUGUAGUCAUUUAGAUCCUAAAUCUAAUUUACAAUUAAAAAUGCUACCAUUACCCUUUUUUAUUCAAAUCAGUAAAUUUCUACUUCAAAUAAAUACUUUAAGCUUUGUUUCUCAGUCGAGUUGUUGACCCAAAAGCAUCGUGAACCAAUGCAGUUCGACUUGUGAUGAAUCGUUCAAAUCAGUUUUAUGAGCAGGUUCAACAAAAAAAGAUCCGACUGAAAAUAUCCGACUCUCAAGAACGCCUCGUUCACGAAUCGGACAUGGCUAUUUUUAAUUUGACAGACAGCCUGGCUCAAAAACGCGAUGCUCAUGCCGCAGUAACCGAAGACGUCUGUCUGAUCUAUCUAAUGUAUAAUAAACCAAAAAAUUGCGUGUAUAAAAAGCUAAACAACGUCCUGUCUAACACCCCUUCAUAUUAAUCUAAGACCGCGCAACCACGAUGGCCAUCCGGAUGUUGUCUGUGGCUGUUUUGCUGAUUGUGAGCGCAUAGAAAUGAACCUCCUCUCCGCGAAACGGAACCGCCCAGACCCGUGAAUCUGCUUCAGCAUUACGUCAGUCACCGGACGGGUGCGUGCAGCAGCGCACGCAGCCCAAGAAGCAGGGCAUCGCGGAAACAACACUUCCCACAAAGCUAAAAGUUGUGCGCAUGCGCAUUAUAAGCGGAAAAACUACAAACGCAUGAGCUCCGAUUGGCCACGCGCACAAGAACUACAACUCCCAGUUGACAUGCGCAAAAAGUCCCUCUUAAAGCCUUUUAAAUUUACGUGCAAAAUGGCUGCACAGGUCGAUCUGCUGCGCGUCAAAGUAGAGGAGAAGAGCAGGGACAGCUUUGACAAAGCCACCAAAGAAAAGAAAAAGAAGAAAAAACGCGAAUGUUCGCCGCCCGAUGACAAGCGUGAGAGAUCGGAGAAGGAAGCAAAGAAAAUAAAGCUACAUCACCACCAACACAGUCACCAACAUGAGCAACAACGAGCGCAUCCACCGCACCAACAACAGAACAACCAAGCGCGCAACUUCAGCAAAGAGCAGGCACUCGUGCCACACCGCCACCACCACCACCAUCACAACCACAGCUCCAAGAAAGAAGUACCUCCGGUCUGGCCGCCGCGCAAAGUCACACCAGCAGCAGGAGCAGCAGUAGCCCACGUCCCGCAGAAGACGGUCCAGCCGCCGUCCCCGCUGUUCACUUUCACGCCGCUCAAAGUAGCGAAGGCCAAGCCCCUCAACAACAAGCCCAAACACAUCGAGAAGGACGCCAAACUCAAGCCCAAGAAGGAAAACGCCGAGGCUAACGUCAAAGUGGGGGAGUGCAAGAAAAAGAAAGAGCCCCACGGCGAGAAUGGCAAAACCCAGACCCUGGAGGAAUACCUACUGAAGAAAAAGAAGAAGAAGAAGCGGCAUCGCGAAGAUGAGCGUGGCAAGAAGUUACGGAUGCACCAUAAGGAGGUCCAGACGGUGUGUUCAGGAGACACUCCACCGCUUUCUGAAGACCCUGUGGGACAUGCGUACAUCAAAGAAGAAAAAGACUUAGGGGAGUACGACGCUCCUAAAGAGGCGAAGAAGCCGUUCCUCACACAUCAAGACCACUACAUCCGCAGCUCGUGGCUUCAAACCAACACCUGCUUCAGCAGACUCAUCCAUGAGGAAAAGCAGCCCAACGGAGGGGCGUCCGUACUGCAUGCUUAUGCCGAUGAACUGUCCUUACUUCGGCCCGGAGAAACGGAAAAGUUUGCCCAGGAAUUUAUGAAACUGGCCUUUGCUGAACAGCCUAAAGGAGCUGCACGUUACGCGCUCGCUGUGGUGCAUGGAGCAGCUGCAUACCUGCCCGACUUCUUGGACUAUUUUGCCUUCAAUUUCCCAAACACACCUGUCAAGGUGGAAAUCCUUGGUAAAAAGGACAUCGAGACCACCACCAUUGCUAACUUCCACACCCAGGUGAGCCGAACUUACUGCUGUGGGACAUAUAGAGCCGGUCCCAUGAGGCAGAUCAGUCUCGUGGGUGCAGUAGAUGAAGAGGUUGGAGAUUUCUUCCCAGAGUUCUUGGACAUGCUUGAGGAGUCUCCGUUUCUGAAGAUGACUUUACCAUGGGGCAGCCUGUCCAGUCUGAAGCUUGACUGCAGGUCCCAAAGCGAUGACGGUCCCAUCAUGUGGGUCAGACCUGGCGAACAAAUGGUUCCCACAGCCGACAUGCCCAAGUCUCCGUUCAAGAGACGAAGAUCAAUGAACGAGAUCAAGAACUUGCAUUACCUCCCGAGAGCCAGUGAACCACGUGAGGUUCUGUUUGAGGAUCGGACGCGAGCACAUGCUGAUCAUGUUGGCCAGAGUUUCGACUGGCAGAGCACAGCAGCUGUGGGUGUCCUGAAAGCGGUGCAUUUUGGGGAAUGUAGGAGUGACCAGCCACGGAUAACCAAAGAUGUGGUCUGUUUUCAUGCUGAGGACUUUAAUGAUGUGGUUCAGAGGCUUCAGCUGGACUUGUAUGAGCCGCCGGUGUCACAGUGUGUGCAGUGGGUGGACGAUGCCAAACUCAAUCAGUUACGGCGAGAAGGCAUCCGCUACGUCCGAAUGCAGCUCUGCGACGACGACAUCUACUUCAUCCCCCGCAACGUCAUCCACCAGUUCAAAACGGUCUCAGCCGUGUGCAGCUUAGCGUGGCACAUCCGCCUGAAGCAGUACCACUCGGAGGAAGAAGAAGAAGAGGCCAAGGAUGUAAAGACCAAGGAUCUGUGCACCACAUCAUGUCCUCCCCCCGUUCACCCGGACACCAAAGUCACCUCCUGCGCCCGCUUACAAACAGACGCUGCUCAAGGCGGAGUGGCCAAAAUGGACGAGCUGGUUUUCCAGAGGCCCGCCACACCACCCAGAGAGCCGCAACCUGCGCCACCGCAGCCCGCAAAAUCCGCCCGCACUGUUUACGCAGCUCCGUGUUCAGAGAGCAGUCCUUUCCCAGCAACCUCUCCUCUGUGCUCGUCCACACCAGAGCCAGUGCUUCCACCGGCUCCGGCUGAGCCCACGUCAGACUCCCAACUCAACGGCAGCCGGGCCACAGACUUCCCCAAAUGACUUCCUCACUUUUCUUUCUUUCUUUUAGCGGAGGGUGGAGUUUUAUUUCACCUGACAGACUCGGACUGACAUUCCACAGUGAAAAAAAAACAAAACAAAACAAAAAGGAAUAUCUGGACUCUGCCUAAAAAGUGAUGAAGACUGUAUAUUUUUUUUCUUUUUUAGAUUCUUAGUUAAGACGACGACCCCCGUGAGUACUUUUUAGGUUUUUUCUCAGCCAAAGUAUUUAAUUUGAGAUAUAUUUUUGCUGAUUGCUCAGUAUUGUUUUAUAUUUGUUUAUAUAUAUUAUUGUAAAUGAGAUGAAUUAUCUCCUUUAAGAGGGACUCUUUUUCCGUCAGGCCGUCAUGCGCAGCGUGUUGAUCUGCUAAUUGGUUUUUACAAACAAAAAGUGAGGGGAAAAAAGUGCCUGUCACAAGUGGAGAGCAGCAAUCAUAUCUUAAAAGAGAAAAAUAAAUAGUCUUAUUUUACGUUUUGUUUUUUUUCCCCCAUGUCAGUCUGAAGUAAAUGAUGUAUUUAAGCUAGACUAGCAAGUAGGUAUCGGUUUCAUGUCAAAUACUGCUUAUUUUCAUUGAUCAUGCUCUGGUUUUUGGAUGAAACCGCUUGGCUUGAAGGAAAAGAAGCCGUAAAUCUACAAGAGGAGCCUGUGCAUUACCUCUCAUGUAUGCAGGAGAUAUAGGACUUUCGUUUGUUCAUUUUAAUUAUUUAUUUUUUUUGUCCUGAAUAUUCAGUCUUUUAAGAAUUUCUAUGUCAUAUGUUAGUUUUCUGUCUAUAAUGUAUGUAGAAGCCGUUGUGCUUUUUUCUUUUUUUUAUGUUUUUAUUUUGGACGUUUUGGAAGACCUUUUCCACCUUAGUCCAAACUUAAGCAGAAAUUUAGAUGAAAGUGUAAUAAUAAUAAUAAUAAUAACCAAACCUGCACUCAGGGGCAACAUACUGAUGCCUUUUUUCAUUUUGGUCAAGUCUCCUACUACUGUGUUUCUUUUGAAAGUAAUCUAAUCCAUGCAUUCAGAUUACACUGAGCUGUUGAACCUGUAAUUCUGAUAUCAAGUAUCAAGAGCUUCAUGUAAUGAAUAAGCUUCCAUUCAGAUUUCACGCAUGAUUCUCGCUCGUGUUAUUGAGUAGUUUUAGAGUCGAGCUGAAAUAUCUUCUCAUUUUUUAACUUGUGCUUUGGUUUUCUUCAUUUUUCUCUGUUUUGUUUGUCUUUUGACAUGUCAUCAUUUUUAAAAAUCUCCCACAUGAUUAACCCUGUUUCGUUUUAAGCAUUUGUUGACUUUCUUUUGCUUCUAAAAAUCAGUGAGUGCAAAUAUAAUACACAUCUGAAUAAAUUCCUGCGCAUUUCUUGUA